CAUCGAGCAACGCACGAUCCGUUGCGCUGCCCGGAACUGGAAGGGAGCGGUUGGCAACCGACCGUGUUGCUACCGGAGCGCUGGGACGCGGCGCGGGGCGGGGAGUCGGCUGUGAGAAUGGAGGAGACUCUGAGCAUCGGGCUUUGCUAUUGAUAAUCGCCCCCAGGCUCUCUUUAGCUGUGGUGUCUGGUAUAUGUACAAAGAGUAAAGCCGACCAUGUAAGACUCGAGGGGAUUCCUUUUCUCUGUGAGGGAAUAAUACCGCCUCCUUCCGCCCCUUCGGAAUGUGUCGAAGGCAGGGCUGGGGAACCCGAGGAGCGCCGGUACGGUGUGAGGAAGGUUGUAUUUUCUUCGGACACCAAAUGAAAGCUGAUCGUUUUGUUCCUGUCAGUUCGUAAUGAGACGACUAACUUUUCAUUUUGCUGUUGAGAAUAUAUUUGAAGUCCAGUAAACUCAGAUAAGCCAUGGCUGCUGUAGCUGGUGUGAGAGGCUCUCCUGUGAGAGCUGUGGGUCCAACUCUACCUGGAAUUGGAGGAUUACUAGUGGCUACACGGAAUAUUAGAGCUCGUCAAACUGUGUCACAACUCAGUCGAAAGGAGCUGGAGGAUAAAUAUUUUCGUUUACGUGAUGAAAACAUCUUACUUAAACAGAAAGCAAAUAAGCAAGAGGAUACAAUUAAAAGAAUGGCCAUCAGGAUAACGCGGCUUGCUAACGAUAAAAAAAGGAGCGAGCUGGUUGGUGGCGGCCCCAAGCGGCUGGGUCAUAAUCUGGAGCUGGAAAAAUUGGUUGAGAGUUUGAAGUUGAAAGUUUGUGAUCUUGAGAAAUAUAAUGAGAUCCUCCGCAGCAAACUCAUUUCAAACAAACAGCAGCGCCCUGCUCAAAGCCGUAGGCCUAUUCAAUACAGACAUGCUCAGUCUCUUGAUAGCAUUGGUUUCAAAAAACCAGAUGGUGAUGCUGGCACACUGGAACACACAAAAAAAGAAGUGAGAUUGCAGGAGCCAGAAGUGGCACCACCCAAAGUUGUUCCCCGAAAAUGUGGCCCAAAUCUGCUCGAGGAUGCAAGAGCUAAAAUAAGAAAUAUGGAAUCCGAGAUUGAUUUCCAAAAGGAGCGCAUUGGGGAACUGGAGCAGCUUAGAGACUUACUUAGGACUCAGUUGAACAAAAAAGAAAAAGAGGCUGAAGAAUCCACCCGAUAUCUGAAAGAGCAAGAAGUGGCGAACCAAAGGUCAAGCAUUCGGGACAAUGUGGAAAUGAUUAAAAUCCGUAAACAGCUGGCUGAGAAAAACAAUGCUCUUUCAGAAAUGGAAAGUGACUUUCUCCAGCUUCAAGAGAACCAGAGGAAUUUGAAGGCUAGCCAUGAUGCUUUAAUAGCAAGAAGUAGUGACCUGAAUCACCAGCUUAAAGAGGAGCGGUUAAAGAACCUGCAUCUUGAAAACGAAUUGCAGUCAGUGGCUCUUACCAAUAAAAGGACUGAGGAGUUACAAGAAAGAAUAAAUGAUCUAGAGCAAGAGAAGGAGCUCUUGAGGAAAGACUAUGAGAAGCUAUCUAAGAGUAUCUUCAAUAUGACCCAAGAACAGGACUGGAAAUUAAAGGAAGAGCAACUGAAACUUCAAAUUGCUGAACUAGAGACUGCUGUCAAAUCUAGUUCAGCCGACAAAGAUAAAAUCCUUGACCAGAUGAAUAUGGAAAGAGACCAAAAGGAAAAGCUGAUGCAAGAGAACAAAGAACUGCAGUCAUGUUGCCUGGAAAAUAAGAAACUGCUAGAGGAGCUGAAAGAUCGCAUGAAGUAUUUGACCAAGAGAUGUGAUGCUGAUGGGGCAGAAGUCAGUAGUGAAGUUCUCUCGCUCACAAAGGUUCAAAAGCAGCAGAAGAAUGGGGACCUUUUAUGUCUGGAAAAAGAUGAAGAUGAUAUCCUUAAAGAUUUGGAAGGUUCAAUGCAGAAGCUGCAGUUAACACAUGUGGAAACAGUGCAAGAACUUGAAAAGACAAGGCAAAUGUUGGUUGUACAGCAAAAAAUUACCAAAGGUUACAAGUCUGAACUUGAAAUAGUGACACAGAAGAUGGAAAGUCUACAGAAAGAAUAUGAGUCAAAAAUAGAAAAGUAUGUCCAUCUUCUUGAUAGUAGGACUGAACGCAUCAGAAAACUUGAAGCCCAACUGAAAGAUGUUGCCUAUAGUACUAAACAGUUCAAAUACAGACCAGAAACAGUGCCAGGCAAUCCACCAAAUAAAUUUGAUGAAAGUCAACAUUUAGAAAGAGGAGAGGGCCUUUUUGAAUUUCAUAUCAGCAAAGUGAAGUUCUCUUCUGCAGCUGUGAAUGCUUUUGGUGACAAUGAACCUGCAGCUUUUUGUUCUUAUUCAUUUUAUGACUUCGAAACUCAAUCAACCCCUGUUUUGCAUGGACAUACCCUGUCAUAUGACUUGACUUUUCAGUAUAUUGUAAAGAUUGAUGACAUCUUCUUGCACUACAUACAGAGUGAGAGUGUCACUCUUGAGGUUCAUCGUGCACGUGGCUCAGAUUAUGAAACAGUUGCUGCAUGCCAGCUGACACUCCAAGAAAUCCUGGAACAGAAUGGGAGGAUCUACACCAAGGCAGUUUUAGUUGGAAAAAGUGGAAACAUCCCAGACUUCGGUACUAUAGAAUAUUGGAUCAGGUUACGAGCUCCUAUGGAUCAUUCCAUUGGUCUUUACAAAAAGAAUUCUAAGGCUCGGGGAUAUGUAACACCCGAUCUUAGGGAAGACGAAUCACAAUGCCAGCCAGUUCUCAGAACUGCCCAAGUCAGCACUUCAACAGACGGCGAUUUAAAUGAACUCCACGUUACAGUAAAAUGUUGUAACCAUCUACAGUCCCGAAAGAAACAUCUUCAGCCAAAUUCAUAUGUUGUCUACAGGUUUUUUGAUUUUGCAUACCAUGAUACUCCCAUCAUUCCUAGCAGCACCAACCCACAAAUAGAUGACGUUAUGUGUUUCCAAAUGCCAGUGACUGCAGAUCUAGACCGAUACUUGAAAUGGGAAUCCUUAACAUUUUUUUUAUUUGAUGAUACUGAAAUAGGAGAAGAUAGUUAUUUAGGGAAAGCCAAUGUGCCUCUUAUUCCCUUAGCAUGUAACAGACCUAUCUCAGGUACAUUUGAAAUAACAGAUUCUAAAAGAAGGGUUAUUGGUGCCAUCAGAGUUGAGUUAAAAUGGAAGUUUGAGUACCUAACACCAAGUGGAGCCACAGUAGCUGCAGGUUUGGAGAAUGACAUUCAAAAUGAGAAAUCAAUGGUACCUAAAUUACGCUCAGAACAAGAUAUGCAACCUCCGAUCUUCUUUCCUGCUGGAGAGGAGUCAUCAGCAAGAGUACCAGUACCGAAACCCAGCUGCCGUGUAAUUGUAGUAGGCAAGGCAGUGUCAGUUAUGAAUACCAGUUCAGUACAGAUGACAGUCAAACAAGAAAGCGUUACAGUUCUUGAGGUGAAGGAGUCUGCUAGAGAAAUUCAACAAGAGGAAGAAGAUGGCUCACGUUUGUCAGAAAGGCAGCUGAAUGGCCAAAGCUCAGAUACUUCUGGAAAUCAGACAGAAAAAACUGAAAAAUGGGAACCAAAAGAUGGAGUUGGUAGACACACAAAUGAUUCCAUUGAAUCAGAAAACGACAGCGACGACUGUAUUAUUUCAAGUCCAUUAUUCAAGAAUAUUAAACAGGCAUCUGAAAAAAUCCGUUUUGAAAUUAUAUCGCUUUGUCUUACUGAAUCAAGAAUUUUAGAAGAUGACACAAUACGGCGACUGUUUGUAGAAUGCAGAUUAUACAAUUUAGUUGCAGAGGAGACCCCAGUGUCACUUCCCAAACCUAUGCGUGGACAGUGGAUUCACUAUAACUAUAGCAAUGUGAUAUAUGUGGAUAAGGAAAAUAAUAGCGAAAGAAGAGAGUAUCUGAAGUCUAUACUUCAAAGGCCACCUCCAGAUGCUGGCAGCCUACUAUUUACAGUGGUUAGUGAUCCCUUGGACGAUGAACCGGAUCUUGAAUGUGAAGAUAUUGGUUUUGCUUAUGUCAAUUUGAGAGAGAUAUUUCAGAGUAGAAGGGAUAUCAUUGAGAAGGAUAUUUGCGUUUUUGAUUCACAAGAUGAUAGUGCAAUAAUUGGAAAGCUCAGAGUAACAGUGGAAGCCCUCCAUGCACUACAUGCAGUCUACAAGGAAUGGAAAGAUGGCAAGGAGGCAUGAAAGGGAAGUUUGCCUACAGAAGUUCCUUCUGUAAAAGCAUACUAGACAGUGCUUCAAAGAUAAGAUCUUCAUAAUUCUUAGAGUAUAUUUAAUGCAUAAUUUAUUUUAAAAGGAUUCUUGAUUUAUCCUAAUAAAGUUUUGUAAACUUUUCA